AAUUAAUCAAUUAUUUAAAGAUUUAUUCGAUUAAAUUAUUGCACCAUUUAAAAUAUUAUGAAUAACUCUGAAGAAGAAAACUAAGAGUCAGUCUCAUAAUAAAAUGAAAUAAGAUGUGUAAAUAGUGGCAUAGAGGUUUAACAAGCCUCGGAAAAUAGUAUUUUAUAAACAAAAUUCAAUAAAAAAAGCUAACUUUCUAAUGAGGAAAAGCUAAUAAUCCUACUCAAGCGAUCAAAUAGAACAUUAAACGAGCUAAUUUCUAUUGAGCAUCUCACCUAAGAUUUAAAAUUUUUUGAAUAAAUUAACAAAGACCAAGCUAAUUAGAAAGCGCAUUUACAUAGAAAAAUAUGCAAGUAUCUUAAUUUCGAUUUCCGUUAGAAAGGAAAGGUCGUAUUUUAUUAAGGUGACAUAGCAGAUAGUUUUUUUAUUGUUUUGCAAGGCAAAUGUUUGGUGUUGAUAAAUGAUAAAGAUUCCAAUCAGCAUGCUACUUAAUAAGCUAAUAGUUAAAGAAUGUCCUUUCUUUCAAAUGGAUAGAAUUUCUCUUCUGCUUUAAAUUAGCUAUUUAUUGAUUCGAGGAAACAUUCUUCUUCGCCUGGCGCAUAAAGUUAAUCAAAGAAAAGGCUUUCUCUUUUAAUGAAGGGAUAGAGCAGUUUAAACAUGCUAUCAACUCUGAAAAUACUAAAGUGGAGAUUAUUCCAUAAGAUAGUGUGGUUGGUUAUUUAUGCAAAUAGGUACAUAAGAUACUCUUAGAAAAAAACACUUGAGGUUAAAGAUUCAAACCAUCCGUUUUUAGAUAAGUUAUUUAAAUUUAUAGGACCUAAAUCCUUUAUGAACGAAAGAAUCCAAAGAUUAAGAAAGGAAAUCUAGCAGAGCAUACAUCAAGAUAUAGAUUUGUAGUAUUUAGAGAAUGCUCCUCAUUUCUUUGACAAGCAAAACAACUUAGGAUUUAUGUAUAAAGCAAUUAAAAUCUAUGAAAAAGGUGAAUCAUUUGGUGAGCUAGGUCUUCUUUCUAGAAAACCUCGUUCAGCAACAGUUAUUUGUCUUACAGAUUGCAUAUUUGCUAGUUUAUAUAAGAAACAUUAUUCAAAAACUCUAAAAGAGGUUGAGUAGUAACAGAUUAAUAAAAGGAUUGAAUUUAUAUUCCAGACUUUCCUUCCUCACAACAAAAUGUACAAUAACUCUCAAACAGAAAUUAAUUCUGAAGAUUAAGAGGAUUAAAACCACUUAACUUCUAGCUCUAAACCUGCAGGAAUUGAUAAAUCUCUCAUUUCAUUUUCAGAGUCAAAACUCAAUUAGAUUUAAUUGUAUUUUACUAAAGUGAAAUAUUAAUCAGGGAAGAUUUUAUAAAAGUAAGGAGAACCUAUUGAAAGGCUGUAUAUCAUUAAAAAAGGUGACGUAAGUUGCUACAUGGAAAGUAUUGAUGAAAAAAAUCCAUCAAAUAAUUUAAAAAUAAAUUUGUGCCUACUUGGAAAAUAUGAAAUCAUUGGUGAUGAGAUUAUUUUACAAGGACUGACAAAUAAAAAGUAGAAUUAGUUAAAUAAAGCAAAUGAAAAUGAAAAUGAUAAUAAAGAAGAAGAUUAAAGUAAUCCUUAAGCAAAUUAAGGUAAUUUAAAUGGAGAAGUAAAAAUUUGUUAUUAUUCUGCAGUAGUUAAGUCAUAUAAUUGUUCCAUGCUUGUAAUAACUAAACAAGAUUUUAAAAGAAUGCUAAAUGACUUUCCUGAAAUAAGAAAAUAUCUCAAGAUGAAGACAUCUACUAAAAUAUAAUGGAUGGAGUAAAGGAAAAAAAAAUAAAUUCAGAUUACUAAAAAAAUUCAUCUCAACUAACAAAGAAUUCCAUUAAAUAAUGAGUAGCAAUAGAUAAUUAAAGAAAAUCCUCACAUCUUAAGAAAAAAGUAGUUUAAAAACAAAAAAUGGAAGUCAUACGAUUCCGAAAUGAUAAGGAGGCCAACACCUUAGUAGGAAUCUUCAAAUCUUGAAUAUCAAAAGAUAUAAAAUAGCAAUCAUCAAAUCUAAAAUUCAAAUACAAAUUCCCCAGUCAAAAUUUCAAAACAAUCACCUUAAAAAUUAUAGCAAAAAAGUAAUAUAUCUAGGAAUGAAUCCUAUCAAAAUGACUUAAAUAAUAUUAUGAUUUCUUACUUUUAAAAAGAUUUACUGUCAUCAGAUACAAUAAAUAAAUAAAAGAUUGAAGAUUUCAAAAAAGAUUAGGUUUUAUAAGAUGCUUUAGCAAUAAAAUAUGGAUAUAAUCCAUAGUCAUUAAGCAAUAAAAAAUUAAAACCUUCUUAGAUAAUAGAUUUUAUUUUUAACCACUAAGAAAACGAGCAAGAGCAGCAGCAUUAGCAGAUACACUAGAUGAGUGAGCGAAACGAGCUACUUGUAGAUCCAAAAACCUAUUUAAACUACUCUCUCGAUAGAAAGAAAAACAUACAAAAAGAUAGUAAACACCUUAAAGUUGACUAUACAACUUUAGGAUAUUCUGAUACUCUUUUAUAAAAUAUCAAAAGAAGGUAGUCCCAUAUUAAUUUACAAGAUAAAAGUGAACCAAAUUAAAUGACCAAAAGGUAAACUGAAUAAAUUAACUCAAACAAUAUAAAUUAAUCAAAUAAUGUGGAGAAACAGAAAAAGAAAUUGCACAUUAGUCAUGAUGCAGACGAACUUAAAAUGAUUAACAAGAUUAAUAGGUAAAUUCUAAAAACUACUUAGGAAAUAUAGCGAACAAAAGCUUUCUACAACUAAUCUUAAGAAAUAUUUAUUAACAACUUAGCAUGUUCCUCUAAGUCUAGCACAGUUUCUCCCUUAAGAUAUAAGUACAUGUUCAAUUCAAAAAUAUAAAAAAAACAAGAAUUUGAGAAACUUUUCAACAAAACCAUUCAUUCACCUAAAUAAAAAAACUUGAGCAGAUAAAUUUCAAUGUAAUCUGUGAGAGAUUCUAACUUUAGCAGAUAAAAGUCUUCAAUUCACUCUAACAUAUCAACUGAAUCUCUUUCUCCAAAUCAUAAAUAAUGUACACCUGUAAAUAAUAUUCCUCAAAAAUAAUCAAAACUAAUAAAAUCACCUUCCUUAAACAUAUUUAAUUGUCAAUUAUCUAAUAGUAAAUUUGAUUCACCGUACGAUUUUAGUUCAUGCAUUAAGUAAACUUCAUUUGGAUAGCAAAAGAAGUAAUCAAACUCUAUACAAAUAGAAAAUACUUCUUAAAUUAAAUAACUUGACUCAUAAAAUUUAACUGAUUCCAACUAAAUUGGAGACAAAAAUACAAUUAAAGAUAUGUAAAAAGUAUAAAAUUUAUUGACUCCACCAAAUGCUAGUAGAUAAUCACUUCAAAAAUUAAGCAGGAUAGUCCAUCCAUCUUCAAUAUCUUCAAGUAAAAUGCACUUAGAAUUAUCAAAACAAAAGAGUUCUUAAGAAGUAAGCUAACAAUCUCAAUAGAUAUCUACUUUUCUCAGCCAAACGUUGCAUAGCUAAUAAAGUGAAUUAGUCUAAGAUCAGCAAAAAUAACUUCCAAAAAAUAAUUCUCAAAAUCAAAAUGUUUCGCUGUUCAGAUAAGCUUCUUAAGAAAAAUAAAAAUAACUCUCAGAUAUUUUAACUAAAUUUUAUCAACCUUCUUCACAAACUACUUCGGAUUAUAGCAAUUUAACAAUAAACUCAGCUAAAAAUAAAGAAUUAAAUAUACAUAUUAAACAGAAAAACGAUUCGUAAUAACAUAGAACUUAAUCGGGUGUUUAGUAAUUAAAACAUUUUCCAUUCCAAAGAUAUGUUUAAGAUAAUUAAACCAAAAAAAUAUAAAAUUUUUCUCUAGAUCAAAAUGCUUUUACAGGUUUGCUCAUAAAAUCUUAAUAAAUACAAACAGAAACAGAAAAACAAUUGCAAAAUAAGCAAAAAGAAAUGAACAGAUUAAAAAAAUCAGUAUUCUCAAUGCAAGCUGUCUAAUCUAACAAAUUAGAAUCUCCUUAAACCAAAAAAGAAACUCCAAUUUAAUCAUCUGAAAAAAUUGUCAUAUUAAAUCACAUGGGAAAGCCUGUAAACUAUUAUAUUUCUCACCAUUAACAAUAAACCUCAUUAGCAAAUUUAGACAUGCUGUCUCCUAAGUACAAUAAAUCUAUGCCAUUCUCAUAAACCAAUAUACAAUAAAAACAAUCUAAUGACAAAAUUUCAAGUUAAAAUGAUGUCUAUACUUCUUCAUAAAUUUCUACCACUCUACUAUCCCCUAAAAUGCCUUAAUCAUUAUAAUUUGAUUUAACUAGCCAAUAAAACAUUCCAGCUAAUAAUAUUUCAAGAUAAAAAUCCAGUUCUCACUUCAAUUUUAACCCAAUAAAUACUUCAAUUAAAAGUAAAUGA